GCAAACAGAGACAACUCCGGAGGAUCACAGUCUUAUUAUUACUGAUGUUCGCUUCAGACCGAAUUCAACUCAGCUGGCAACAUCUUCAUUUGAUAAAACUGUUCGGUUGUGGGAUGCUGCUAAUCCAACCUUUUCUUUGCAGGCAUAUAGUGGUCAUUCUUCGCAUGUUUUGUCCCUUGAUUUUCACCCAAGGAAAAAUGAUUUUUUCUGUUCCUGUGAUGAUAUCAAUGAGAUUCGUUUCUGGAAUAUUAGCCAAUAUUCUUCCAUCAGACGUUUUAAGGGAGGAUCUACCCAGGUGAGGUUUCAGCCGAGGGUUGGUCACCUUCUGGCUGCAGCAAGUGGGAGUUCUGUGUCUCUCUUUGAUGUUGAGACUUGUAGGCCGAUGCACACAUUUCAGGGACACUCUGCAGAUGUAUCUUUCGUCUGUUGGGAGCCAAACGGAGAUUACUUUGCAUCUAUGAGUCAAGAAUGUGUCAAAGUGUGGUCAAUUGCAACUGGGGAAUGCAUUCAUGAACUUAAUUCCAAUGGAAACAUGUAUCAUUCUUGUGUCUUUCACCCAAGCUACUCAACUCUCUUGAUUAUUGGAGGAUACGAGUCAUUGGAGCUAUGGGACAUGGUUGAGAAUAGAAGUAUGACAAUUCAAGCUCAUGAGUGUGUGAUAUCUGCAUUAGCACAAUCACCCGUCACAGGGAUGGUUGCUUCUGCCAGCCAUGACAAAUCUGUAAAGAUUUGGAAAUAAAUUUUACUAUUUUAUGCUUCAAACAAACAGGGCUCUACAAAUUACGAUGAUAUUAUUAUUAGCUCCUUUCGUUUUAAUAUCCAAAAUGUAUGAUAUCCAACUUCGUUGUCUGUUUACUUAUUAGUAAAUGACACAAAUUAAUCAGUGAUGAAUAUAUAGUUAAUGAUAUUAAUUAGUUUGAGAA